GUAUCAUUUCCAGGCACCCUUAUAGGCAGAGGCAGGCUCUCCACUCGUGUUCUUCAAAAGAAGGGAAGGCACAAUGAAGAGCUCUUUGUUGCUGUGUGUGGCCUUGGCCAUCUCCUUGGGGCUCGUCUUGGUGGCAGGUUAUCCACGUGACCCUGAGGACAUGGAGCGAGUGUUGGUCAAUAACAAGUGUCAGUGUGUAACAGUGACCUCAAAGCUCGUCCGCUCCAAAGAAAAUCCUAAUGAAGAAAUCCUACAGAGAAACAUACGCAUCCUAGUUCCCCUGAAGGCUCGAGAGAACAUCUCUGACCCCCUGUCCCCCCUCAGAACCACUUUUGUCUACCGCAUGACUGACCUCUGCAAAAAAUGUGAUCCUGUAGAAUUUGAGCUGGGUGGUGAGAUAUACAAGGCCCAGCAAAGCAACUCCUGCGAUGAACCUGAAACCUGCUACACCUAUGACCGGGACAAGUGCUACACUACAAACUUCCCAUUCCUCUACCAUGGAGAGACGAAAAACUUGCAAGCAGUUCUGACACCGGCAUCCUGCUAUGCUGAUUAGCUUAAUCCACUGCCUCUUUGCAUUCAGUGUUCCUAUAAAAAAUAUUGUAUAGCACCAUUAGCACCCAGACAAGAGCAUCCAAAAUACCAGAUCCCAGAGUAAUGCCAACUUGCUUCUUCAUACUGUUUUCAACAGCAGAUUACUGCCAUCUCCCACGAGCAGGUACUGGUUGUCAGACUCUUCAUCCCCAAUACAUAUCUACAAUGCCAUUAUUGUAUGCCCCAGAUGUUAUCACCAUAUAGACCAGAUCUAAAGCAGAUCUAAAUCAGUAAUUCCCUUUAAGGAAAGGGAACUACAUAGAUUUACAACACUAGAAAGCCUCUCUUUCUGGUGGUCUUCCAACAGUCUUCAUCUGAGCAAGGCUGCUGGAAUAUCUGUGUAUUUCUCUCCUUGAGCCAUCUCGAGCAAGCCUCCACACAACCUUAAAAAAAAAACCCUUUGACUGCAUUAGCAGACUUGGUGUCAUGAUUAGAAGGCUCUGGUACAAUCAGAUUUGAGAGAAAAGAUGAGGGAUAAGACCAAGGAUUCCAUUUUCAAGGUCAUAGUCAUUUGGGCAUCCUAAAGCACUUUGACCAUUGCAAGCUUCUAGCUUGCAUGUACAUUUAGAGAAGACCAACAGAUAACUCUACCCUGAACUCUUCUGCAAAGUUGCCAGGAGCUCAGCUGUGCCAGGAAAAGUAAACCCCUCUAGAACAUUAGGUAUUUCACUUUCCAUGCUUAUUUACUGAUACUGGUGCCUUCUUCCACCCCUGCUCCCAGUUCAAUUGAUAAAUACCACCCAGAAGGUAGCUCAAAUAUCUCCUCUUGUUCCUCACUUCACAUUUAAAACUCCAAGAAAUUCCAUGAAGGUGACUCAAUUGCUCAAGCAGCACCUUAGCUAGGGAUUUAUUCCUUCUUUCACAUCAGUAGACUUGCUCUUCAUACAAAAAAACCCUCCCAAAUCAAGGAGCCGACUCCUUAUUGCAUCUGACAUGUAAGUAAGAGACAUCACGAAUGAGUGCCCAAGGUGUCCAGCAUUACCUUUAGCAUGGCUGGUAUGUUUCUCACUGUUGUCAGAAAUUAAUUGUUAAGCCUUAGACUGAUCUGUGGCUUCACACGUAAUUGAAAUAAACCAGCAAAAACCUUACUCCCCUAAUCCCAGCUUUGUUAAGUGAAACUUUGAAUAAAGUAUUUUCUGCAGCA